AUGGCAUUCCUCGUCCAAUCCCUGCUCUCCAACCCCGGAAUUCCACUACAAGCCCGCCAGGAAGCCCUGGACAGAGUGCUCUCCGACCCCGGGCUCCCAACACCAAACCCUACAUCUUCCUUCUGGCUGCGCUCGCCGCAUCCCGAUCUCACAGAAAUACAGUCACCCAAAUUACCCGUUGAAGCAGACGUCGUCAUUAUCGGCUCCGGCGUAACAGGAACAUCCAUCGCAAGAACGCUCUUGGAGUCGCGAAAACCUCGCAACAAUGAUCUAGGACAAGAGCCUGCCCACCGUCCCGCGAUCGUUAUGCUAGAGGCCCGGGACAUCUGUAGCGGUGCAACAGGCCGUAAUGGGGGCCAUAUCCUUGAGACGGCGGAGGAAUUUGCAGAUCUGGAAGAAGCGCCUGGGACUGACGCUGCGAGGAAGAUAUUGAGAUUUCGGCUCGCACAUUUGCGAGAACUUCUUGCUGUAGCGGAACAGUAUGGAUUGACGAAGACAGCUCAGGCGCGGAAAGUCCAGUUCUUGAGUGUUUACUCUAAUCAAAAGAGGUGGAGUGAGGCUCGUGGCCGCUUUCAGCGUUUGAAAGAGGGAUUGCCAGAGACGAAGGAGUGGAGGCUGUAUGCGAAGGAGGAUAUUCCAAAGGAGUUUUCGCUUCCUUAUGCUCAAGGAAUCGUCGCCGGCCCGGCAGGGGCAAUCUGGCCCUAUAAGUUUAUCACCGGAGUCUUGGGUCAUUUAAAGGUCAAAUACCCCGACGAGUUGAGGAUCGAAACGAAUACACCAGUCACAAAUAUCGAAGAUCACAGAAGGAAGGCCCCAGACGGACUCCGGUACACAUUGACAACACCUCGAGGCAUCAUUCGCGCCCGCCAUGUCGUGCACUGCACCAACGCCCAUGUUGCUCACCUAGUUCCUGGGAUGAAAGGCCUUAUCUGUCCCGUCCGCGGCCAGAUGUCAGCUCAGCACCCUGGGGUAAAAUUCCGAACUCAAGGAGUUGAGCAUUCAUGGCUGUUCAACUAUGACCGCGGCUUUGAUUAUCUCACUCAGCUGCCGCCGUCGCCCUCGGAUGCUGGCGAAAUGAUGAUGUUUGGAGGCGGAUUCUCUCAGAGCGAAGGAAGUGGGAUUUCAGACCUCGGUGUUUCUACGGAUUCAGAGCUUAGUCUCUAUGCGGACAUCCACCUUUCCGGGGCGUUGAGUGCAGUAUUUGGUCAUGAGAAUUGGGGAGCUGUGCCGGUGCGUGCUGUCGAGCAGAUGUGGACAGGGAUUAUGGGCUUCAGCGCUGAUGGGUUUCCUUGGGUGGGACGGCUGCCAGGUUCACUCGCGCGGAGGAGUCAAGAUGCGCAGGAAGGGCGAAGCGCCGAGUGGGUCUCCGCUGCGUUUUCAGGAGAAGGAAUGGUGUUGGCAUGGUUGUGUGGGAAGGCGCUAGGGAUGAUGUUGCUCGGUGAUGAUAAUAACCUGUUGACGGGAGGAGAGGCUGUAGACCUCUCCUGGUUCCCUGAGCAAAUGCUUAUUACGGAGGAGAGGGCUACGAAGGUGGCUCAUGCGUUCUCUGUUCCAGAUGUAUCUCCUCACUUGUAA